UGGUGUACCCUCCGCGGACGCUAGAGGUCGCCCUUUUUGGAGCUACGCACUGCACUGAAUUGUGGGUACAGUAGCUCAUGUUUCUGACAGUCAGCUGUUGCAGGAAAGUUUGGUCUGUUUUUUUUUUUUUUCCUUGCGCGUCUUCGUGUUCCUGGUCUCGCUCCGUUUCGUGCUACAGCGCUCGCUCGCUUUGCUUCCGUCCUCGGCGCUUUCUGCUGCUUUGUCACUGGCAGCGCGAGAUCUGCAAUCGCCCCGCGGACUAAAACUCGAGAAGCGGACGGAAUGAGUUUGAACGAGCAUUCCAUGCAGGCGCUGUCAUGGAGAAAACUGUACUUGAGCCGGGCCAAGCUGAAAGCCACCAGCCGCACUUCUGCCCUUUUGUCGGGGUUCGCGAUGGUUGCCAUGGUGGAGGUGCAGCUGGAAAGUGACUAUGCGUACCCUCCGGGGUUGCUGAUAGCCUUCAGCGCGUGCACCACUGUCCUGGUGGCCGUGCACCUCUUCGCCCUGAUGAUCAGCACCUGCAUCCUCCCGAACCUGGAGGCGGUCAGCAACGUCCACAACCUCAACUCGGUCAACGAGUCUCCCCAUGAGCGCAUGCACCGCCACAUCGAACUGGCCUGGGCUUUUUCCACGGUCAUCGGCACCCUCCUCUUCCUCACAGAGGUCAUGCUCCUCUGCUGGGUCAAGUUCUUGCCCCUGAAAAGCAACACGGAGAACAACGAGACCAUCAGUUCCGGCCAGGCCGCGGCCAUCGCCUCCACUUGCAUCAUGGUGCCCUUCGGGCUGGUUUUCAUCGUCUUCGCCGUUCACUUUUACCGCACGCUCGUCAGCCACAAAACGGACCGGCAGAUCCGAGAGCUGAAGCAAGUCAUCCGGCUGCAGAACCAACUGGACCACAGGACGGAAAACGAUGACCUGAAAUCCGUCGACCAUUUCGCUUGAUUCGUUUGCAUUCAGCGCCGCUCCUGUUGUGAAACGAAUCUUUGUGGACGGUGCACGUAAUAGUCGUUUUCAUCUUUCAAGCGCUGAAGGUUAAGUGACAUCCUGUUGACAAAUUUUGUGUGAAAAUGCUCACAUGGAGGAAUUCACGCGGGCGUUACAAUCAACAUUUGUUCUUAAGGAAGGAAAUGUGGUCAAUUUUACCUUACCAAAAAUUUGCGGUGAGAAUCUUGUUGUUGUUGUUGUUGUGCUGCCGACGGACACAAAGCAGACCGUCAAAUCUCGCUAAUGCCGUCGUUAGACGUGCAAGAUCCCCGAUGCGUGCGUGCCGCCCAGUCGCAAAGUUCACGGAAAUCGGCGACGUAGUUUUUGCGCAAUUCUGCUCUCGCGUCCGCCAACCGCUAGAGGAGAAAAUGCGCCUGCUUUUAGUUGACCUCACUGGAGCCCGCGACUUAUACUGCAUGUGUUAUUUUGACCGUUGAUAAUCAUCAUCACGAUGUAAGUUUUUAUGUUACUGUUGAUGCCGUCAUUUUGUUUCUCACGCCGAGGGGGGGAUUCGUGUUAAGUUUAUUUUCAAAUACCGGGGUGACGGUCUGAGCGCUCCCCCGUGCUGAAAAGUCCCCUUGGGAUUAAUGCGCAUGGCGUGUAGAAUAUUUAGAUUUUUUUUUAAUUUUUCUACUUUUUCCACUUCCGUGCCAGUGGGAAACUUCCCCAUCCAUGCUGAGGAUUGUUCGGGUAUGGGUUCGGGUGAUAUGACAUGACACUUACUUUCACGAUCCCAAAUGUGCCUUAACGACUGUGCCCGAACACUCCUCCGUUGAUUCUUGAUUCUUUUUUCUUGUCUUCUUUUUUUUUCUCAUGCAUUUUAGAAUAUAUCCACUUUUUGAUCAUAUUACUUCCACUGUAUGCAGUUUUAAUUGUCUUUUUUUCAAAAUAUUUUGUUUGUCAAUUUUAUUGUUUUUAUCCUGUUUUAAAUGUUUUAUGUCUUUGUUUGCAAAUGCCUUUAAUUAUGUAAAGCACAUUGAGUUACCUCGUGUAUGAAAUGCGCGAUACAAAUAAAUGUGCUUUGCUUUGUGAGACGUCUGUAGCGAAAUGCACGUGGAGCGAAAAUGAACACAAGGAAGAAGCAUGGAUGGGGAAGUUUCAGACUGGCACAGAAGUAGAAAAAUUCCCAAAAUUCUACGCGCAUGUGCAUUAAUCCCGAGGGGACUUUUCAGCACGGGGGAGCGCUCAGACCGUCACACCGGUACUCGAUUGUCAGUGCAGAUGAUUUUAAUGCAAACUUUAUUACAAGCACAUUUUUUAAAUGUACUAUACAUCAAAAUGACCGCAGUUACGUGCAACAAAAAAAAUCUUUGCCGUAUUACUUGAAGGCUGUCGGACUCAAUCUGCAUUUGCACUUGUGAUCAACGUAAAUGUUGCAGCACUUCUAUUUUGGUGCACUGUCAUUCGUAAUAAGAAUUAUACACAUCACGAAAGGAACUGAAACCUUCCCAGUGCUCUACAUCAAUGAAAAGAGUUCACCCCGAGAGGAUUGUUAACACAAAUAUGAAUGAAAUUCAUCUGGUAGCCGUGAGAAAACGCUUGCCGUGGCAUGCUAUAUAUUUUUUUCACUCAGCUGAAGUUGCGCGUGUUUAUUGGAAAUGUCUGGAGAACAAGUUAGUUUGUAUAGUUUAGCAAGCUCACGUGUUGCUUUAUAUUUUUGUCCUGUGGCGCAUGUCGAAUGAUAUUCCCGUGUCUUUAUCGUUUUCUUUUGUGCGCGCUCAAAGCCUCUGAUGAUGCACUCGUGAAAGGUCCGACACACGCGUGCAGGUAUGGAAAUUGAAAUUGCGCCUAUUGUCUGUCUCACCUGACGAUUUUGGGGAAAAGAGCCCCCUCGGCCCGCCUGCCGUGUCUGGUUGAGAACAGAUCCCGGCCCUGUUCCUUCACUUGUGGUUUAUUUAUUCAACAGCCGGCGUUUGGGUGCCUGUCCACAGGUUCCGUGAAUGUCUUUGACUCUGUGUGGUAAUAAAUGCAGCAUAUCUGGUGAGUUUCUUUGUUGCCAAUUUACAAAUAAACACAUUUUGUG